CGUCGGAGUGAGGCUCGGGGAGCACCGCUGGUGGCGGCGGAGUGGCGCUGGCGCUCGGGAGCCUUGGUGACACCGAGGAAAAGCCCGAGGAGGGACGAACGACCGGCCGAGAUACAGUGGCUCACACCUGUAAAUCUAGCUUCUUUGGAGGCUCAGAUUGGGAGGACUGCAGUAUAAGGCCAACCUCGGCAAGAAGUUUAUGGGAUCCUAAUCUCAAUAGAAAAAGCUGAUGUGUUGCAAACUAUACAAUGGCAAUUGAGGGAAUUUUAAAAAAUAAAGUUUAGUGGCUACAUCUGCCUUCUGUCUUCGCAACUGUUUCUAAAAGAAUAAAUGGGAUUCUUGAGGAAAGACCUAUAUUAAAAGAAUAGUCUUGCAAAUGGCUUCAGAAUCUAUGAAUGGGAAACAAUCUAGGAAUCACUGCCCAAAGGGGAAAAGGCAGCAACACCAGCAAAUAAAGAACAGGUCUUCAGUUAGUGAUUGUGGUGGUGAAGACUCCUUUGUCUUUGAAGCAAAUGAAGCUUGGAAAGAUUUUCAUAGUUCUCUUCUUCGAUUUUAUGAAAAUGGAGAACUCUGUGAUGUCACACUAAAGGUUGGCUCAAAGCUAAUCUCUUGUCACAAACUGGUAUUGGCUUGUGUUGUUCCCUACUUCAGAGCCAUGUUUCUCUCUGAAAUGGCUGAAGCCAAACAAACACUGAUUGAGAUUAGAGAUUUUGAUGGUGAUGCAAUAGAAGACUUAGUGAAGUUUGUCUAUUCUUCACGGCUUACUUUGACUGUUGACAACGUACAGCCUCUUUUGUAUGCAGCAUGUAUUCUGCAGGUUGAACUGGUGGCUAAAGCCUGUUGUGAAUACAUGAAGUUACAUUUUCAUCCCUCCAAUUGCUUGGCAGUAAGAGCCUUUGCAGAAAGUCACAAUCGAAUAGACCUAAUGGACAUGGCAGAUCAGUAUGCCUGUGAACAUUUCACUGAAGUAGUGGAGUGCGAAGACUUUGUAAGUGUGUCACCACAACACCUCCAUAAGCUUUUGUCCUCGAGUGAUUUAAAUAUUGAGAAUGAAAAGCAGGUCUAUAGUGCUGCUAUCAAGUGGCUUCUUGCCAAUCCCCAGCAUCAUUCUAAAUGGUUGGAUGAAACACUUGCACAGGUCCGUCUGCCAUUAUUGCCAGUUGAAUUUCUUAUGGGUGUUGUAGCAAAAGAACAGAUUGUCAAGCAGAAUCUUAAAUGUAGAGAUUUAUUGGACGAAGCAAGAAAUUAUCACCUUCAUCUGAGUAGCAGAGCAAUACCUGACUUUGAAUACUCUGUUCGGACCACUCCAAGGAAGCAUACAGCUGGUGUGCUGUUUUGUGUUGGUGGUCGAGGUGGAUCUGGAGACCCCUUUCGGAGUAUUGAAUGCUAUUCUAUCAACAAAAACAGUUGGUUCUUUGGACCAGAAAUGAAUAGCCGAAGGCGACAUGUGGGUGUAAUCUCUGUUGAAGGUAAAGUGUAUGCAGUCGGUGGACAUGACGGAAAUGAACAUUUAGGUAGUAUGGAGAUGUUUGAUCCUCUCACUAAUAAAUGGAUGAUGAAGGCGUCAAUGAAUACUAAGAGACGAGGAAUUGCCUUAGCCUCCUUAGGAGGCCCAAUUUAUGCAAUUGGAGGGUUAGAUGACAAUACCUGCUUCAGUGAUGUGGAGAGAUAUGACAUAGAAUCUGAUCAGUGGAGUACAGUGGCACCAAUGAAUACUCCCCGUGGAGGAGUGGGCUCUGUGGCUCUAGUUAACCAUGUUUAUGCAGUGGGUGGCAAUGAUGGAGUGGCUUCCUUAUCUAGUGUGGAGAGGUAUGAUCCACAUCUGGAUAAAUGGAUAGAUGUUAAAGAAAUGGGUCAACGAAGAGCAGGCAAUGGAGUUAGUGAACUUCAUGGCUGUCUAUAUGUUGUUGGUGGUUUUGAUGAUAAUUCUCCUCUAAAUUCAGUUGAGCGGUAUGACCCCCGAAGCAACAAGUGGGAUUAUGUGGCAGCACUUACCACUCCCAGGGGAGGAGUAGGGAUUGCAACAGUAAUGGGCAAGAUUUUUGCUGUUGGUGGCCAUAAUGGUAAUGCAUACUUAAAUACAGUGGAAGCAUUUGACCCAGUGCUGAAUAAAUGGGAACUUGUUGGAUCUGUGUCUCACUGCAGAGCUGGAGCAGGUGUAGCUGUGUGUGCCUGUUUAACUAACCAAAUUCGAGAUGUUGGUCAUGGAUCCAAUAAUGUAGUUGACUGUAUGUGAUUUCAACUCCAGCCACCAACAAUUCAGUCAUAUCUGAUAGCCAAGAGAGACAACAUUGUGUUAUGAACCUUUGUGGGUUGCAACUACAACUAGAAUCCCUUUGUUGUAUGUGACUAAACACAACUUUGGAUAAUAGCUGAAGAAUUUUAGUCAUAAAGUUAAAUAUGGUACUUCCUGCUUUAAAAAAUAAUUGAGUAGAGAAAUAUGACAGUCCAACUUGAAACCAUGCCUACUUUUAAAAAUGCUUCAAGUAGUGCCAAAAACCUUUGUCUAUUUGGGUGAUUAAAAUAUCACUUGUGGAGUUUUACA